CGCCAGCACUCACAAUUUUUUAUUACUCCUCCUCCACUCCACGCACACGUGAAUCCGCACCUAGAAAACGAUGAGCGGCAUCGUGAAUGAUAUUGUACAGUCUAUUAUGACGCCCGGGUACACGGCAAAGGGGGUCAUCAAGCUCAUGUUCUACGCAUUCUACGUCCUGUUUGCUACAUUGGCUGCAAUGGUUGUCGUCACGGGUUUCAAUGGUCAUGUCAUUGCGUUGUUGCUCCUAUCUAUAUGCCUGUUCCUGACGAUACGAUGGUUUAUUGCUGAAAUGGAGCGGGUCAAGGCUCAAGAACAAGCAAAGAAGGAUUAGGGAUGCUUUUUUCUCUGGUUCUCUUCUUU